UGUUGGUGCAUCAAUGGGUUCAGCUGCACAUCGUGUGAGCAAUGAACCGCAAGAUUGAUGUCUUAACUCUAUUUUUGGAAAGUAAGUUUCUCCAGAUAUGGGAUAUUCCAGAUAUCACGUUCCAACCUGCACGGCUGCAUGACACAGGUUUCUCCGUAGACGUGUGCGAGCAGAAAGGAGUGGAACUGAGGCAACAUGUGUGCCAUGUGCAGCAAUCAUCAGCAGCCGCUUCAGCUAAAGACUUUCAGACAGUUGAUGUACUGCAGUACUGUCAUCACCAUCCUCUCUCUCAUGCUGCUCUAUACCUACAAGGUCGACAAGAUCAAGUUCUACAAAGCAACCAGUGAGCCUCAGAUCUUUGUGCAACCCACAGUGCCUCAACAAUGUGGUCAAGGACAAAUAGUUCCUCAGGGACAAAAGGUGGCAGUCAACAGGACAAAAACGCUGCUCAUAUCAGCUUAUCAGGAGCACCGUACAGGCAGAAAGGAGGUUCGUGUUAUUGCAGUGGUGCUGAGGAGUGAGACAGUAGCCUAUCGCUGCCUCCUCUGUUGUCAUGACCAACUGUACAUCUCUGAAGGUGUCAGCAACAUCCACACUGAUCACUUUGGUUUUGCAUAUGGGACAGCAGACAUCAUGUGUCCUCUCCCCUCAGGCUGUGAGACUCCAUCUUAUAUCACUGUGACCUCUGCUGCAGCAGACUCUGAAGAUAAACAUGACAAAGAGUUUUUGGAAGUGAAUAACCAGAAGGCCAUAAAUGACUCCUUUCCUUACAAUUUCACCGUCUGCCUCUCCACCAUGUUUGAUUUCACCAACGUGCUGCAGCUGGUCCAGGGUUUGGAAAUGCUGCAGUUACUGGGGGUGAACAGAGUUGUCAUCUAUAAGACCAGCAACAGCCCUGAAAUAAAGCACGUACUGGACUACUACACACAAAAAGGUUUAGUAGAGGUGAUUCCUUGGUCUAUGUCCAGAUUUCUGAAUGUAUCUCGAGGCUGGCUGCCUGAACACGGUCCAGGUGACCUCCACUACUUCGGCCAGAUUCCUGCUCUCAAUGACUUUAUUUACAGAUACAUGUACCAAUCCAGAUAUGUGGCCCUGCAGGAUAUAGAUGAGCUCAUACUGCCCCAGUCAGUCAACAGUUGGUCGGAGCUGUUGCCUCUGCUGGAAAAGAAAUAUGGGGCUGACAAGUGUUACAUGUUUGAGAAUAAUGUGUUCCCCAACACCAUCACUCUGCCUCCUCCCACCUCCGAAACUCUGCCCCCGCAGAGCCGCUGCUGCCCCGGCUGGCAGAAUGUAUCCGGGGUGAACAUUCUGGCUCACCUGUACCAGGAACCCAUCAUUAAAGAGACUCAUUACAGCAACUUCAAGAUAAUUGUCAACCCCCGAGCUGUGUUCAUCCCAACCGUCCACGGGCUGCUGCACUCACUGAACGGCUGCUCCUGGGUUGACAGGAAUAUAGCACGGAUGUACCACACCAGAGCUCCAAAACAACCCAAUCUGACACCAGACCAGCUGAUUUAUGAUGGCCGACUGCUGAGCUACAGUGCCCAGCUCACAUUGACUGUCAAUACUGUGCUCAUGGAGAGUGGACAUCUACCAGAGGAUUGACAGCUCAGGAUAGACAGGAAAGGGGGAGAGAAAGAGAGGAGAUGACAUGCAGCAAACAGCCACAGGUUGGACUCAAACCCCAGCUCUACCAGGUGAGCUACAAGUACGCUGCUGCAAAGGUGUUUAAAGACACAUAUAAUUGAAUAGACACUGCUAAAGUGUGAAACCGGUGAAAUGCAUCGUUUCCUGACUAAAAUGACUGAGUUUGAAUAUUGUUGGAAACAUUUGGGAUAAUGGAAGUACACAACUCAACAUAAUAUAUAACAUAGGUUGCACAUCAAUGAGCCACACUAGUUUAUUUUGACUCAAUCACACAUACACUGUCCUGCUGUACAAAUACUCGCUAGAGCACCAAAUGUGGAUUAAUCCGCCACAGAAAAUAGUCCCUAAUGAGUGCAUUACAAAUUUCUUCCCCUUUGAGUUCUGUCCCCCAUCGUUGCUGUUGUCGUCGUCAUCGUCUUCUUCAUGUUCAUCAUCAUCAGUCACUACUAUUGGUGUAGUUGUUGCUGUGCGUCCGUCUCUGUCUCUAUCUCUCUCUCUCAUGCUCUCUCUCUCUCUCUCACCCCAACUGGUCGAGGCAGACGACCACCCACCUAGAGCCGAAGGAUCUGUCCUAGGUUUCUGCCUUUUAACAGGCAGUGUUUCAAUUCAAUUCAAUUCAAUUUUAUUUGUAUAGCGCCAAUUCAUAACAGAAGUUAUCUCAGGACACUUUUCAAAUAGAGCAGGUCUAGACCGAACUCUUUAUAACAUUAUUUACAGAGACCCAACAGUACCACCAUGAGCAACUUGGCGACAAGGGCAAGGAAAGGGCAAGGAAAGUUCGGUCUAGACCUGCUCUAUUUGAAAAGUGUCCUGAGAUAACUUCUGUUAUGAAUUGGUGCUAUACAAAUAAAACUGAAUUGAAUUGUAAAGAGCUGCAUUUCCUGUUUGUAUCAUGUGAUGGUGUUUCCUUGUUUGGGUUAUUUUUGCCAUACUGUAUAAUUCAUUUUCUUUUUGAUUGAUUUAUGAUUAAUUUAAUUUACUUUUUAGUAGGGAUGUCCGAUAAUAUCAGCCCUCCGAUAAUAUCGGCCGAUAUUCACUAAAAAAUGUAAUAUCAGGAAUUAUCGGUAUCGGGUUUUUAUAACCGAUGUUUGUUCUGUAGGCUUCAGCAUUUCCGAGCCUGCAUGAACGCAGGCGCGCUCGCUAGAUGACGUAUAACAACAACAACAACUACACGCUAGACUGGUUGGUUGCUAACCGUGGCUAACAAGCAAACAAUUUAAAGCUGAAUGAUUUUAAUAUUAACACAAAAUAAGUGCAAUGUACCUUAAAUAUUUUACCCUGCUAUGAGCUGUUCCUUAACCAAACUAAGAAUUGGCUUAGAAUUUACAUUAGCACUCCUUCAGGUGAAUAAUACAAUUAAACACAUUAACCAAAGCUAGCGCGUAGCUAGCGUUAGCACUCUUUUCAGUAUUAAUACAAUGAAAGUUGAAGUUGUUCUCUUAUUUUGCACAGACAGUGUUUACAUUUGGAAAGCCAUGUUGCAUUUAUGUAUGCAUCCAGUGGGGCAUCACAAUACAAUUAGGCAUAAUGUGUUAAUUCCACAAUAGGAGAUAUGUUAUGUUGUUACAGUUUUGGUGUAAAGAGCCUGCAUAUAUCGGUAUCAGGUGAUAUCGGUAUCAGAAAUUGAGAGUUGGACAAUAUCGGAAUAUUGGCUAUCGGCAGAAAAGCCAAUAUCGAGCAUCCCUACUUUUUAGAGUUGAACCUUGAUAUGAAGGACGAUCACAGUUCUAUCAUUUUUAGUAAAUGAAUGAAUCUUGUUGAGGAACCAGUCUUCUAAUGUUUGCAGACAAUAAAACACCUCUGGCAGCUUCAGUUUCUAAACAGUUGACAGAAUAUUUUGUAUCUAUGCUAGCAUUGUUCAAAUAAAAACAACGGUACAUUAGAAUUGCACCAAUUUACCAAGAGAAGGCUACAUUAACUAAAUAUAGAUGACAAGCCAUGGCACUGAUGUUCACUGUUGUGUAUGUUUGUGUGGAAUACCUAAAAAUGUGAGAAAUGUGAAGAAAUUGUUUAAGCACCGAACCUGGGGCGACAGAGCCUUCUCUGUAGCUGCCCCCUCCCUCUGGAACUCUCUCCCCAAACAAAUCCCUGACUGCACCGACCUUCCAGCAUUCAAAUCAAUGACAAAAUCUCACCUUUUUACAAUUGCUUUUAAUGUUUAGCUUAGUCCAAUGUGUUUUUAGUGUUUUACAAUUUUUAUGUUGUUUUGCUGCUUUUAUGUUGUCUUUAUGUAAAGUGUCUUUGAGUAUCCAGAAAAAGAGCUUAUAAAUAAAAUUUAUUAUUAUUAUUA